AAUCAAAGAUAAUUUUUGAUAUUUUUUUCUUUGCUUAUUUAUUCAUGUUGACACGAUUUCUCAAAUAUCAGCAGGAUUAAUGCCUUAUUUAUCUUGAAUUUUGUUUGUGUUCACGUAAAUAGUAAAACUGACUGAUAAGCGAUGCCUGAUUUACGAACUUAACUGACCCUUCGGUUGAGUAAUGAUUUGGGCUUGACAAAAAUAUGUUAACAUACGAUACAGGCAAGUAAUUAAGUGCAAUUGUGUUUUUUUUGUGGUAUGUCACUUACUGGUAUAUAAAAUGCAAAAGCUGCGAAUCUGGCACUAACCAAACAGCACGGACAACAUCUUAGGUGCUUAACUAUAUAACUCAAAGCAUAUCUACACAUUUUGAAAAGAUGACACAAAAAUAUGGGAUAUUUUUACAUUUAACAGUAUUGACAUUGUUUGAAAUCUGCCAAAUAUUUGGAUUUGUUAUGUCACAUGAAGCUUGGAAUGACGUGCGCCUUGUGAACGGAAGGACGCCAUAUGAAGGUCGAGUAGAGGUUAAGGUCAAUGGAACAUGGGGUACUGUGUGUGAUGACGAAUGGUCAAUGUUUGAUGGUUAUGUUGUUUGUAGGCAGCUGGGAUAUAACGGUGUCCGUUCAGUUUAUUCUCAGGCAAGUUUUGGACAAGGUACAGGUCCCAUAUUCCAUGAUGACUUACAAUGUGCAAGAUGGGAAACAACACUCAGCGAAUGUCCAGGACUACAUGAUCCUGCAAAAGUUGACUGUGUACAUAGCGAAGAUGCGGGAGUUAGUUGCAUCCCUCCAGCUGAAAUGCACGCGUCUGUACCGAUAAUCUGCAGGGACAGCCAGUUCAAGUGUUCCCGAGAUUCCAAAUGUAUACCUAGAAGCUGGCUGUGUGACGGACGGAGAGACUGUCAUGAUGGGUCGGAUGAACUACAACUUUUCUGUAACAGAGACUGUGGAAUGCAAAUGGUACCUCCAGUGUCACAUAGAAUUGUGGGCGGCAGUAAUGCAAAGCCUGGUUCCUGGCCAUGGAUGACGUCAUUAAAAAUUGAAUUUCAAGGCGGGGUAUCAGACAGCCAUUUAUGCGGGGCUACUCUUAUAGACAAAAACUGGGUUCUUACUGCAGCUCAUUGUUUUAAAAAGUACAGGCCAAAAUCUUCGUCCUUACGGGUGGUUGUCGGAGACCAAAAUAACAUCCAUCGUGAUCCUACGGAAGAAACUAUUUUGAUUCAGCGGGUUGUUAUACACACAAACUAUAAUCCCGCAACACACGAAAACGAUAUAGCUUUGAUAAAACUAGCACAUUCUGUAGACACGAGUUCCUCCUAUGUAAAACCAGCUUGCCUGCCAACAUUUGGUGACAGUGAACUUGAUCUUGCUUCCAAAUGUUACGUUACAGGUUGGGGCGAAACAAUGAAAGGAACGGCCUGGAAUGGAAUGCUGCAACAAGCGAUGGUUCCUUUAUUAAAUAAAACUCUCUGUAACAGGUGGUAUAACCACACAGUAAAAGACGAUAUGAUAUGUGCAGGAUAUCAGUUUGGAGGCAUAGACUCCUGUAAGGGCGAUUCCGGGGGACCUUUGUCUUGUGAGAGAAACGGCCGUUGGUACGUUGCUGGAAUAAUAUCAUGGGGAGAAGGGUGUGGGCAGGCGCAACAUCCGGGUGUCUACACAAACGUUGCACAUUUUGUGUCAUGGAUUGCAGACGUUUUACAAAGAAACAAUUAUACAAUAGAUGCUCAGAAUAUUGUUGGGUGAAAUAAAAGCAAUCUAAUCAA